CCCUCUGAUUGGCUCAGCGUCUCAUGGCCGGGGGGGUGACGUUUGUGAAUGGCUUCAAAGUGACUGAGAUGUGGGGUGAUUUAUAAUGUUUUAUCAGCACUUUAGCAGAUGUUGUUUUUAUUUGUUGUGACAUUCUUCAGGACUGGAUUGUAACGGGAGAAGAUGUCGGACGCUGAGGGUGCUCGCAGCACGGACCAGCUGAAUAAAUUCGAGAAAUUGACAGGCAGGCCGCCGCACGAUGAGAUGUUAGCAGUUCAUCGUACUCCCCCCGCCCGCAGUGGGCAUCGCUGUGUCGCUGACAACACUAACCUGUAUGUGUUCGGAGGGUACAACCCUGACUAUGAUGAGUCAGGAGGCUCAGAGAAUGAAGACUAUCCACUGUUCAGGGAGCUUUGGAGGUACCACUUUGCCACAGGCUGCUGGCAGCAGAUUCGGACAGAGGGCUAUAUGCCCACAGAGCUGGCGUCUAUGUCAGCUGUUUUGCACGGCAACAACCUCCUGGUGUUCGGUGGCACCGGGAUCCCCUUUGGUGAGAAUAACGGCAAUGAUGUACACGUUUGUAACGUGAAGUACAAGCGAUGGUCGCUGCUCAACUGUCGGGGGAAGAAGCCCAACAGAAUCUACGGACAGGCAAUGGUAAUUAUAAACGGCUUUCUGUACGUGUUUGGAGGGACAACGGGCUACAUCUACAGCACAGACCUGCACAGGCUGGACCUGACUACAAGGGAGUGGAUCCAUCUCAAGCCCAACAACCCUCCUGACGACCUCCCUGAAGAACGGUACAGGCAUGAAAUAGCACACGACGGACAGAGGAUUUACAUUCUGGGAGGAGGCACUUCCUGGACAUCUUACCCUCUGGACAAGAUACACGCUUACAAUCUGGAAACCAAUUCCUGGGAGGAGAUUACAACUAAACCUCAUGACAAAAUAGGGUAUCCCGCUCCUAGGAGGUGCCAUAGCUGUGUACAAAUCCGAAAUGAUGUAUUUAUCUGUGGAGGCUACAACGGGGAGCUGAUAGUAGCUGAUCUGUGGAAGAUCAACCUGCAGACGUUUCAGUGGAGUAAACUACCAGCAGUGAUGCCUGAGCCAGCCUACUUCCACUGUGCUGCUGUUACCCCAGCUGGCUGCAUGUACAUCCACGGUGGCGUUGUGAACAUCCAUGAGAACAAGAGGACUGGCUCUCUGUUUAAGAUCUGGCUGGCUGUGCCCAGCCUGUUGGAGCUCUGCUGGGAGAAGCUCCUCAAGGCCUUUCCUCACCUGACUUCACUCCCCACCAUGCAGCUGCUCAACCUGGGCCUCACUCAGGAACUCAUUGAACGCUUGAAAUAGGCCCCCCGCACAGUGGAAGAUGGACGAAUGAAUGGAUGGAUGGGACGGGCUGGGCUGGAUUGGGAGGAGACGACAGAGCACAGGAAUUAAUUUGCAGCGAAAAUUCUCGGGAAAAUGCCCUCUCCCUCCCCCGCCUAACGUAGCCCCGCCUUAAAACCAAAAACAAUGGGAUGCCUUUUUCUUUUUCGGUUGUUCUUAGUUCCUGCAGUUUCAGUGAUGAUCGAGAAAAUAAAUGUGGAAUGUUUUAUGGAUUUUACUCGACUCCCCUUCUGUGCAAAGGAAGAAUGCAUGUGUAUUUAUUUGAAGGACUAAAUACGUUGUUUUUUUUUCUGGAGGUACUCUCAUCACCUGAUAUUGCUGUUUGCACACUUUGUCUUGAGUAUUUGUGGUCAUUUACUUUUUUUUUUUUUUUUUAAUAGAUCCUCUUAGCAAAACUAUCAUUUAUGUCUAAAAGGUGAAAGAAAGUUUUUUGGGGUUUUUUUGCCAAACGAAUCAUGCCAGUGUUCUUGCACAUUUUAGCCAAUUAAAUUCAGAUCUCGUGUACAAUAUUCGCCACUGCUGAUGUGCUGUAGUGUUUUUAGAUUUUAUUUGUAAAAUGUUUUCGCAACCCUCCAAGCAGCUUUUUCUUCCCCACCCAAUGGUAUGAAAAUCAACGUCUAGCUUGAAACUCACGAUCACACUGAUUUUCAUUUUGAUGUGACCAAAAGCAGACAUGGUGUUCACUGUGAGGGAUUACCAAUCUUACAUUACAAGUUGUGGUUGUUUUAUUUUUCCUGUAUGAAUGGAAGCCAGUGUCUGCUUGGAGGUUAAAACAUUUUAAAAAGUUGUGGUAUGCCUUUAAAAUGGUCGUGAGUAAUAUGUUAUUCUUGGCUAAAACAUGCAUGAACACUGUUCACUCUUCAAAGGGGUUCCAUGUGUGAACACCUGUGUUUCCUGCAUUUGCCAUUAUACUUUUAUGUUACAGCCUCAUCUUCAAAAGGAAAAAAAAUGUCAAAGGAGGGUGGGUGUCUUCAAAAGUUAUUCAAUUUCCAUCCUGUUUGCUUGCAGCUCUCAUUUUCUAAACCAAACCAUGCAACACAUCACUGUGAAUUUGGUGCUCUUUGAAGUUAAUUAAAAAAAAUGCUUAUAUUUCGAAUAAAGACUUAAUUCUGUU